AUGUUUCCACCGGUUGUUGAAAAGACUAUGGGAUACUAUCCUCCCCCCUGCGAGCUGAAGCAAAUUAUGUAUGAGACCAUUGAUGCCUGUGACGCCCUCGACGGUCGCACUGAUGGCGUGGUAUCUCGCACUGAUCGGUGCAAGUUGAACUUCAACCUCUCAAGUUUAAUUGGCAUACCUUAUUCUUGCAACGUGACCAGUGCCCCCACCGGGUAUGGGUUGGCCCAAAAUGGUACGAUUACUGCAGAAGGUGUUGCUGCUGUAGAGGACAUUCUU